UACUGGAGCAGCAACAAUGCUCCCAUUCAACAAUUGCCGGUCGACUACGCUUCGAUAGAUGGCCGGGCCGAAGCUGCCGAUUAUCAGCUUCUCGAUAUAUCCACGCACAACGUCACGACAAAGGUGCCAGAUCAACAUCAGCAGCCAAAGUAUCCCCAGCGAGAGAGCUUUAAUCAUGUCGGCGGCUAUGGAACAUUCGUAUCCCAAACUGAGCCCGGCUAUGGAUCACGAAUCCCGUUGCAGCAGCACCGAUGGAUCUUCAAGCGUCGCGCACGAAGAAUACUUUCCGGACAAAUGUAA